UUUAUUCCCAUUUUCUUUACUAUUUUCUUUCCCAUUUACUUCUCCGUUUUUUCCACCCUUUCCUCCUUUUCUGCCCCGGGUUCCAGCACACGUGACUUGCUCAACCGGACCCGGUUCUUGCCUGCCACCGCAGGGGGUACGGGUGUGCGGCCUCGAAGGUGUUUUUCUUCGUCUCUCCAAACUACUCUCCAUCUUCAAAACCAGCAAAAAUGGCAAAAGCAAAGUCCGUACACACCAUGGUCAGGCUCGUCUCGCAGGCCAAGACCGGGUACGAGAAGUGGUUCAAAAUCCCUAGACACACGCAGCGUCUCAGUCUCAUUUUGUACGACCCUCGUGCGCAGAGACACUGUCUUUUCACCGAGGCCAAAAAGAGAAAGGUGCCCGAGGCCAUACCAAAAGACUACACGAGAACGCAUCGCGUGUAGCCGACGCGUUGGGUUGUAAAUAGUAGGAUGCUCGAAGCACAAGGGACGGAUAUCGGCGCACGCCAGCACAUAGAAAUAAACGCAUAUAAGCCGAGGAAACCCAGGCACAAGCGAAUGCCGCGG